UCCGUCUCCGCCUCCGUUUCGUCUCCACCAGCGCCUCUCACCACGUUGCUGACGCCAGGCGCGCGCGCUUCUUCACCAUCCACCGCCGUGUGCAUCGCCAUUGCUAUCCCGACCUGCUUGUCCGAGCCUAGCUAUCUGCGACUGCGCCGACCCAUGCACCAGCGCGUCCAGUAGUCUUACCCGAGACCCUUCCCUCACUAACUCCUUCGCCGCCGACCUUCCCCUCUCCAACAACACUUGCCAUCGAGGACACCGUCGCUCGUCCCAACACCUGCUACGCUCUACACUCGACGGGCGUCUUCCGCACUUUCAUACCUCGCGCCCCGUUGCAUGAUCUAGGUAGUCCUAGCCCGUCGCAAUGCGCAUCUUCGGCUUCCUGGGCCUGCUUUCAGCGGCGACGCUGGCGUCUGCAACCCACCUUCCCCCGCGCAACUACACGAGCCACGACUACUACGCCGUCCACGUCGCCUCGUCCACCUCCCCGGCGGAGCUGGCUGCCCACCUCGGCCUGACGUACGAUGGUCCCUUUCCCGCGCUGCAAGACCACCACGUGUUCAAAGCACCCAAGCACGAGAACGAUAUCGUCGACGACGCAGUACAGGAGCUUAAGCGGCGACGACGGAAACGUGAGGUCGGCAUAGAAUACCACAUCCUCGACAGCGUGCGCUUCAACCAGAAGCAGAAGCUCAAGCCGAGGCACUGGAAGCGCAGUCGGAUCCCUGAGCGCCACGAUGUCAGGGCUAAAGAGAGCAACGCUGUGAAGGCCCAGCGCGAGAUUGCGAACAAGCUCGACAUAAAGGACCCCAUCUUCGAGGAGCAGUGGCACAUUUUCAAUGUGGCCACGCCUGGAAACGACAUCAACGUCACCGACGUCUGGAUGCAGGGUAUCACCGGCAAGAACGUGACAGCCUGCAUUGUCGAUGACGGCCUCGAUAUGGACAGCAACGAUUUGAAGGAUAAUUUUUUCGCCGAGGGCUCUUACGACUUCAACGACCACGAGGACCUCCCUGUGCCGAAGCUUUCGGACGACCGCCACGGUACGCGAUGCGCCGGCGAGGUUGCUGCGGGAAGAAAUGAUGCUUGUGGUGUAGGUCUGGCCUACGAUUCGAAGAUAUCCGGCGUGCGCAUACUAUCGGGCGAUAUUACCGACAUGGAUGAAUCGCUCGCCAUCAACUACAAGAUGGACAAGAACGACAUCUACUCCUGUUCUUGGGGCCCGCCCGACGACGGUAGAACCAUGCAAGCUCCUGGCAUUCUGAUCGAGAAAGCAAUGAUCACUGCAAUCCAGCAGGGCCGCGAGGGCAAAGGCUCUAUCUACGUCUUCGCCGCAGGCAACGGCGCCGCUGCUGAUGAUAACUGCAACUUCGACGGCUACACAAACAGUAUCUACAGUAUCACGGUCGGAGCUAUUGACAAGGAUAACAACCAUCCAUACUACUCCGAGGCGUGCUCGGCGCAGCUCGUCGUCACAUACUCUAGCGGAGGUGGCGAUUCUAUCCAUACUACCGACGUCGGUGCGAACAAGUGCACUGCUAACCACGGAGGUACUUCUGCCGCUGGUCCCAUCGGAGUGGGCGUAUACGCACUUGUCUUGCAAGUUCGUCCGGACCUGACUUGGCGUGACUUGCAGUGGCUCACCGUCAUGACGGCCGUUCCUUUCGACCAGCCCAGCGACUGGACCCAGACGCCUGGUACUGGUCGUACGUUCAGUCACCAAUUCGGUUACGGCAAGCUGGAUGCAUGGGCGAUUGUUGAAGCAGCCAAGACUUGGAAGGUGGUCAAGCCGCAGGCCUGGUUCUGGUCGCCAUGGAUGCACGUCAAGAAACCCAUCCCGCAAGGCGACAAAGGUCUUGCGAGCGUUUUCGAGGUGACCGAGCAGAUGCUGAAGGACGCCAAUUUUGAGCGACUCGAGCACAUCACAUUGACGAUGAACGUUGAGCACCAACGACGCGGUGACCUCAGUGUCGAGCUUAUUAGCCCAGAGGGCAUGACCAGCCAUCUCUCUACCGCUCGCCGUGACGAUGAGGCACCCUACGGUUAUGUGGACUGGACUUUCAUGAGUGUGGCUCAUUUCGGCGAGAAGGGUGUGGGCAAGUGGACGGUUAUCGUGAAGGACACGAAGGUCAACGCCCAGGUCGGCACCUUCACUGAUUGGAAGCUCCGCCUCUGGGGCGAAUGCAUCGAUGCAUCGAAACAGAAGCUCCGACCCAUACCGACCGAGCACGACGAUGACGAUCAUGACGUUAUCGAUGACCAUCCGGCUCAUACGACCUCCGUUUCUGUUCCUGCUUCUGGUACCAAGACUGCCUCUGUCAACCCUUCAGACAUGCCCACUCGUCCUGUUAACCAGAAGCCCUCUAGCAAGCCCACUAACACGGAGCAGGCAGCAGGCUCCCCGACCCCUACUACAACUGCAACUGUAACUACAACUUCUGGCUCAACGGCCUCUGCGACCGCAUCGCCAGAGUCUUUCCUGCCCUCCAUCUUCCCGACGUUUGGUGUGUCUAAACGCACACAAAUCUGGAUCUACGGUAGCAUUGGACUGAUUCUUGUCUUUUGCACUUGUUUAGCCGUGUACCUCUUCCUUGCGCGGCGCAAGCGCCUGCAGUCAAGCCGCGACAGCUACGAGUUUGAAGUCUUGGACGAUGCGGAAGAUGACGAGAAUGCACGGAUGCUCGCUGGUGGUGCAGCAGCUGGUCGCAAUGGCAGGAGAGCGAGGAGGGGCGGUGAGCUCUAUGAUGCAUUUGCAGGAGAGAGCGAUGAGGAUCUUUUGAGUGAGAGCGAGGAUGGCGAUGCGCCGUAUCGGGAUCGCGAUGAGCCUUACGAUGAGAAGGCGGCGCACAAGGACGAUGGAAGCGAUGCUGAGGGCAGCAACGCAAGUGGAAGUUCUGGGGGCAAGAGGCAGUAGAGGGGGCCUUUUUAGUAUUCCUACAUUGGGCGGAGUUUCUAGACAUCCUUGGAUUCAUGUUUUCGUUGCUCUGCACUGAAGCGUUCAAUGUUUGUACAUAGGCAGAUGUAUGAAUACGGCACCUGCGCGUGGGCGGUGACGGCUAGCGUGGCAGAAAAAGUUCGG